CACCAGAAGUCACACAUGGGGGGUUGUUGCGCUUUCACACCUUUUAAGCAUGCGGGUCCCCAGAAACAAGGUCACUCCUCUUCAUCUUCCUGCUUCUUCUUCAACAUCUGCACCGAUCGCCGGAUUUGAGACCUACUGAAGCAUUUCGUUCAAAAGAUAGUGUAGUAUUUAUUAAUUUGGGUAUUAGCGGCGAGAAUAAGUGUUUGGUGAGGUCGAGGUCUUGUGAUAAUGCCCCAAUUAAAUACUAAUUCAUUCAUGGCCGUUAGAGAAGUGACGUCGCUUUCCAUGGUGGUGGUAGACUAAUACCUCAAUUAAUUAAUUGUUAAUGUCUUAUCUUUGCUCUAGUUGUUGCUGUUGUUGGGUGAUAGACCAGAUGCUUUAUGUUGCUUCUCUGUGAGGGUUUGAGAUAAGAGUAGUACUAGAAAGCAGCGGGUCCCUUCUCUCUCCUCUCCUGCUUCCUUAAUCCGAUACACCACUCUCUCCCUCUUGCACUUAUCCGUACCCACCAUCCCCUAUCUGAUUCCAACAGAAAACCCAAAACCAUUUUUUUGGAGCGUUUUGAUACCAUGGAUGGAGUGCAAGUUCAAGUCCACGGCAACCACCACCAAGAUCUGCAUGGAGAGGAUCACCACAGCCAGCAUCUCGUCGGCAAAGAAGUGAUGCGGAACGAUUUCGGAGAAGAAGGUGACGCCGCUGAUCUAUGGCUUGAUAAUGAGCAAGAUUCUCUUCUCGCUGACGUCAACGACGGAACUGCUUCCAUCUUCUGCAAUGACUUCCCUCCUCUGCCUGACUUCCCUUGCAUGUCAUCCUCUUCUUCUUCGUCUUCGACUCGGGUGCCGGUGAAGACCGUGUCGUCGUCUUCCUCGGCAUCUUCGUCUUCUUCCGCGGCUUCCUGGGCGGUUCUCAAAUCAGAUGCGGAGGAUAAUAACAAUUAUCAUUCUCAAGAUUAUCAGCAGCAACAAGACAACAACAACAAUUACUACUCUCGUAACGAUUCGGCUGAUGCACAUCCGGCGGGGGCGUUGUCCUCCACCGCCUCGAUGGAGAUCUCUCAGCCGUCGGAUCUCGGAAUGGAGUGCAUGGACAUGAUGGAGACUUUCGGGUACAUAGAUCUGUUCGAAGGCAACGAGUUGUUCGACCCGUCUUCCAUUUUCCAAAACGAGAAUCCAAUGAUGGACCAGUUCCAAGCGCAGGAGCAACCUCCUCAGGAACAGAUGCAUGCAGACAAUCAAACCUCACACCCACAAGAGAACAUGACCAUGGGAGAUCAGAGCAACAAGGUUCCGGAGGACGACAUGGCGUCUGUGUUCUUGGAGUGGCUGAGGUCAAACCGAGAGACGGUUUCAGCCGAGGAUUUGAGGAGCGUGAAGAUCAAGAAGUCAACAAUCGAGUGCGCCGCGAGGCGUUUGGGUGGAGGCAAAGAGGCGAUGAAGCAGUUACUCAAACUGGUGCUUGAGUGGGUUCAAACUAACCAUCUCCAAAAGAGGCGCGGUACUAAAGACUCGGGGAUACAACAGUAUGCAGUAGACCCAUUUCAAAACGCCAUCCCUAACCCUAACCCUAGUCUUAACCCUACACAAAAUCCUCCCAUAUCAUCGCCGUGGAUGGCGUCUCCCCAGUAUGAUGCAGCGGCGCCCAUUUUAGUCCCGACUCCGUCGCAGGCGGGUUAUCCGUCAACUCCGAUGAUGGGGUUUAUGGGUCAGGACCCUUUUGGAAACGGGCCGGGUUACCAGCAACCAAAUUCAGAUCAAUACCAGCAUCAAAUGCUAGAGACUGCACCAACCUGGCCGCCUUCAUCUCCAUUUAUGGGCAACAAUUAUGGAUCUUUCCCGGAUAGUAAUAUCCAACUAGCACCUCCUCAGCAUCAGCAACCGCUUUCCGGUUACGGAGGGCAGUAUGGUCAGUAUCAAUAUUUUCAAGGGCAAUCAGGUGAGCCGCAGCUGGUGAGGUUAGGGUCUUCGGCAACUAAAGAGGCUAGGAAGAAGAGGAUGCAAAGGCAGAGAAGGACUUUGUCACACCACCAUGGAAGGCAUCAUGGACACCAACAGAAUCAGCAUCCUAAUCAAAUGCCGGAUCAAAGGCUAGUUGGGAACGCCGAUCACAAUUGCACUACUGCCGCAAUGAGCAAUCCGGCUGCUUCUAACUGGUUUUAUUGGCCCACCACGGCGGCUGGUGGUCCUGCUCCUGCAGCCUCACUGGCAAUGAUGCAAACGAUGGCUCCCGAGGCAGCACCACCGGUGCUUCCAGUUGAUCGUCCGGCCAGUCAAGGGCAGAAUUAUAAUCCGGGCCGGAUUAAUACACAGGAAAGGAGACAGGGAUGGAAACCUGAGAAUAAGAAUUUGAGGUUCCUUCUUCAGAAAGUGUUGAAGCAAAGUGAUGUGGGCAAUCUUGGAAGAAUUGUUUUGCCAAAAAAAGAAGCCGAAACCCAUCUUCCUGAGUUAGAGGCAAGGGACGGAAUUUCAAUUGCAAUGGAAGACAUCGGGACUUCUCGUGUAUGGAACAUGCGCUAUAGGUACUGGCCCAACAACAAAAGCAGGAUGUAUCUCCUUGAAAACACAGGAGAUUUUGUGAGGGCAAAUGGACUCCAAGAAGGGGACUUCAUAGUCAUCUAUUCAGACGUCAAGUGUAACAAAUAUAUGAUAAGAGGAGUGAAGGUACGGCAAGCGGGGACUAAAUCAGAGACCAAAAGGCCAGGAAAGUCGCAGAGGAACCAACAUGCAAGCACUCCAUCUGGCAACAAUGGCUCGUCAUCUAAGAAACAGUAAAGUAAGAAAGAAGAAGAAGAAGGAGAAGGAAGCUGAAUUCUUCAGAGAAACCCAGCUAGCUCAACCGCCCUUCUGGCUUUUUCUUCCAUGCAUGAGAACAAAAGUGGACGGCAAAGGUGGUCUAGGGUUGUUGGAAUGCAGAGCAGCCCUUGAUUUUAUCUGCAAGUGGGAGGGGGUUUCAGAAUUCAUGCGUUUUCGAAAGCUGAGAUCUGGAGGCUGGUUGGUUGGGAGUGAUGACUCAGUUGGAAGCAUGCGCUUGGUUUUUUGGGUCUCAAUUAAACGUAUAGAGAUCUCCCCAAUACCAGUGUAUGCAGUCUUUGACAUUAAGUAUAUUAGUGUAUGUUGUGUUUGUUAAUUAUUAAUGAGUCAUAUAUAUGUUGUAGAAUUCAAAAACCAUAAUUCGUAAAUUAUGUAUAUGGGAA